AGUGCUAAUCCAACCUUCAUCCUGGAUUUCAUAAACUGAAACAAGGGAGGCUGGCAGAAGCAGCACUGCCGGAUUGAGGAAGCUGACGACGGUGCAGCAUGUGGGCAACACACUGUAUAAAGCUCAUAAACUUGUAGGCUGAUGUGUGCAGCUACCACUUUGGAUUCUGUACCGCUGCUUCCCUCAGCACAAGGCACCAGCAGGCUGAGCAUUAAAACCUGCUCUUUGGGACGGAGCAUUUACCCCUGCAAGACAUGAAGGGCUUCCUGUUUCUCACACUCCUCCUGAUGCCCGUGCACGCUGGAACUGCUUGGAGUGCGAAAUACGCAGUAGAUUGUCCCGAGCCCUGUGACAGUAACGCAUGCAAAAGUACCUUGCGCUGUAAACGAACGGUGCUGGAUGACUGUGGCUGUUGCAGAGUGUGUGCAGCUGCUCUGGGGGAGACUUGCUAUCGAACGGUCUCGGGUAUGGAUGGUGUCAAAUGUGGUCCUGGGCUGAAGUGCCAAUUUUACACUGAGGAGGAUGACUUUGGUGAUGAAUUUGGUAUCUGCAAAGAGUGUCCCUACGGUACCUAUGGAAUGGAAUGCAGGAAAAUCUGCAACUGUCCCUCUGGAAUCUGUGACAGAGUAACUGGGAAGUGUUUGAAGUUCCCAUUUUUUCAACUGUCAGCUUCAAAGACUCCAAAUCGACGAAAAAUAGUUUCACACACAGAGAAUGACAUGGCAUCAGGGGAUGGCAAUUCUGUAAAAGAGGAGUUCGUUAAGGAGAAAGCUAUUCACUCUCCGGUAAUGAAAUGGCUAAAUCCUCGCUGAUAUUUACUUGCACUCAUAAGACUUUCAAGUGAAUGCAUUUCUCACAGAUUAUUGAAUAUGCAACAACACACUUUCAGAACAAAGUAGAUCUAUAGCAUAUGAAAAUGUAACCUCUGAAGGCCGAUUGUGAUUCUGUUUUUCAUGAGAAAAAUGUUUACUUAAAAAUAGACUGUACAGUGUAUAUGAUUUUUGAUAUUUGUUUUGAUAAAUAUUUGAACAGAGAAAUGUAUUGUGGAUUCCUGAAUGUAUAGUAAUAUUAAAAAACCAACAUGAUUCAACCCUUCUCAUUUAAAUAAUGCCAGAGGCUGACUUUUGCAGCUGGAGGCUGGGAAAGCUCUCUCUGAAUUCAGUGGACAUUUUGGGUGAGUGAAACUAUUGGUGUGGAGCCAAUGUGAAAGAAAUGCACAUCAGCAAAUCCCAGGAUAGAAAACAACACCCCUGAAUCACAAUAAUAAUAAUGAUAAUGUAGGAGCACAACAGUGUGCAUUAAAUAAACCAAUGUUAGUCAUUAGUCAUUUUCUGGUUUUUGGAAGUUUGGUGACAAUUCCUUGGAGAUAAUGACACCUUUCAUAAGUGAGAAAACAUGCAGCAUUCCAGUUUAUACCUUGUGAGUAAUGUAGCCAAGACACUGCAGGCGUAUACUGUAUUAAGGUGGAUUUCUAAAGUUAAAUUCUGUACAGAGAAACAGCAGCGUGGUAAAUGAUACAGAUUUGCAGAGGGGGACCUGAAAUGAAAGAAGCUGGUUAGUAUUAUUUAAAUAUACCUGCUUCUAUAAAGCUGCUACUAGUGUCACUAAGGCAAAGUCUGCUUUUCUUGUGGAAGAGCAAGUCAGCGCCAGAGGCCAGAAAAUGGACCUUUGUAGUUUCCAUUUUCAUCACUGGCUGCAGCCCAGCUGCCACUCACAGGGUGUUCAUCUAAUCCAGUGUAGGGAAGACUUGGACCCUCGGUGAGUGGUAGCUCAGACACAGCCUACAGUGCUUUGGUACCCAGUCCUUCCUUUCUUACUUGCAUGAGCAAGCGGUCCCAUUUCAGCCAGGAGAAUAACAUAUGCGUUAGAGUGUUGUAGGAACUGGCAGUCCCUCAUUCAGUUCAGACUGGAUGAUGUAUCUGUAGCAUAAAAAUCCACACUGCUAUGGGUUUGCUAACAUGUCUGGAAACAACCAGAUCCUCAGAUAAUGGAAACUGAUGUAGCUAUGUUAGAGUGAACCUGGAUUGCAUGAGUUUAGGAACUGUCUCGUAACGCAGAGCACUCUCAUUGGAAAUUUGGUUUGAAUUGAGUAUUUCCUUUGAAAUCAAUGUCAGCUUUGACAGUGACUUCAGUGAAAGAAGGAGCACAGAGUACCACAGCCAAAGUUUGGUGCAGGAUCUGAAAACAUACUUUUAAAAUUAUGAAGAACAGAAACUCCAAAGGCUUUAAAGAGUCCAAAUCCUGACCCAAAGCCAAUCUCAGUGGAAGUAAGCUGUUUUUGCCUGGGAAAGCAGCACUGAAUUGUGCUGCUCUGGAACAAGAGGAUGAUGACAGCAGCAGACAUCCAAAUGUCAGCAUGGCAGUGCAGGCUCUCUUGCCACGUUAAUCGGAGGCACAUAAACAUAUAUCUCAAACUAGCAUAUACCACAUGUUAACAUGUAUUGAAUGUUUAGGUCUGAGAGGGAGCAAUAUUAUCUUGGGCUAUUUAUAAGCAAGCAUAUUCAUUCUCAUCUACUAAUAUCAAAAGUAAUCUUUUCUUGAUUUCAGUGAGAGCAGGAUCAAACUCACAGUCCUUCAGCAGACUGGAGAGAAUUAUUUAAAGAAUGCAGUAAAUAUUUGCAUACAUUAUUAUUAGUUUGCAACAGUGUCAUAAAUGACAUUAUGAGUUCUUGAAUGUAAAUCUAAUAAGCUGGUUGGUUUU